ACGUUUGCAUCUUCAAGUGGGUCAUCAUCGUGCUCCCACUUGUUGCUCAUUGUCGUCUCUGCCAUACCCUUUUUCCUAUACUUUUGCUUUCUUUCUUUCUUUCUUCUCUCUCAAAUCAACCAGGUAUAUCAAUUUCACCUCUAAUUUCCAUUUUACAUGUACAAAUGUGCACAAGUUUGCUAAUUUUAGCAAGCAUCCGUGUAUUUUGAAGUAAUUACUGUCGAAUUGUUGGAUUUCCUUGAUGGGUUUUUGGAUAUUGGGAUAACUGAAGGUGGGUUUGUAUGGUUUCUUGAAUUUGGUGAAGAGAUUUAUGUUUGGGUUAAAAAAAUGGAGACAUUUAUGGCAUUGUUAUGAUAUCUUUAUUUAAAGUGGAAUCCAUAAGGGUAUCAGUAUGAAGAAUCUGUUAAAAAAGCUGCACAUGAUGCCGAAUCAAGCUUCGGAUGACGGGUCUAAGGGUUCUCCAAAGGGGAAUCAACGGUUGAGUGGGGGUGUGGAGCAGGAACAGAGUAAAUCCCCAUUGUCAAGUAGUGUUUCUGGAUGGUUUGUUGCGAAUCGUGCAUCAUCGUCUUCUUCGAGUGCGAAAGGUGAAGACAGGGAGGAUGUAACUUCAAUGGCAGUUGAUGCUGCACAAGCAGAGGAGGGGUACCAGAUUCAGUUGGCUUUGGAGUUGAGUGCACGGGAGGAUCCUGAAGCCGUGCAGAUCGAAGCGGUUAAGCAGAUCAGUCUGGGGUCUUGUCUGCAGCACAAUAGUCCUGCUCAAGUUCUUACGUAUCGAUAUUGGAAUUACAGUGCUCUUAGUUAUGAUGAUAAGAUCCUGGAUGGAUUCUAUGAUUUGUACGAGGCUUCACCAAGAGCUUUAUUAUCAGAGAUGCCUUCCCUUAUGGAUUUACAACGAACCCCGGUGUCAGAUGACAUCACCUGGGAAGCAGUCAUGGUCGACAAGGCUACGGAUGAUAAGCUGUUACAACUUGAAAAAAGUGCACUGGAGAUUGGUAUUAUUAAGUCAUCAGAAUCAGAUCAAAAUGUGGUACAGAAACUUGCUGUUUUGGUUUCUAAUCACAUGGGUGGGCCUGUUGGGGAUCCAGAUAAGAUGUUGCUUGCAUGGAAAAAUUUCAGCCAUAAAUUCAAGGCAACUUUCGGAAGCAUGGUGUUGCCUCUUGGCUCAUUGAAAAUUGGGAUGGCGCGUCAUCGUGCAUUGCUUUUCAAGGUUUUGGCUGAUAGUGUUGGUAUCCCUUGCUGCUUGGUGAAAGGGAAGCAAUACACUGGAUCUACUGACGUGGCAAUGAACUUGAUAAAAACUGGCGAUGGAAGGGAAUACAUUGUUGAUCUAAUGUCGGACCCCGGAACACUUAUUCCAUCCCAUGUUGACCAUGACGAAGCUUCCUUCCCGUCAAGCCCAUGGUCCCGAGAUGAGGAUCGUGUAACGUCUUCCCAAAGUGGUCUUACUACAUCUGAAGAAUGCUCCAACUUUGGGAACAAAACUGAUGAAAUCCGUUUAAGGCCUAUUAAUUUCAGCCAUGCACGAUCCCCUUCAUGGACAGAAGGUGUUAGUUCCCCUGCAGCACGUAAAAUGAAGGUAAAAGAUGUCUCACAAUACAUGAUUGAUGCUGCAAAAGAAAAUCCUCAAUUAGCCCAGAAACUGCAUGAUGUGUUGCUUGAAAGUGGUGUUGUUGCUCCUCCGAAUCUCUUUACUGUAGUUCACGAUGAACGAGACCAUCCUCCUCGCUUCUUACCUAUUUUACCUUCCCAUCAUGCACACUCUAAGCACAGGACAUCACAAUCUCAAGCCAGUCAAGCGGCGGCUGCUGCUGCGGCGGCAGCUGCUGCAGUUGUGGCGUCAUCAAAGGUGGUUGCUGCUACAAGAAGUACAAAUGAUCCGCUACCUGUAGCAGCUGCAGCCACAGUGACAGCUGCAGCAGUGGUAGCAACCGGUUUGCCUAGUUUUGUGGAUCGUCCAAGAAGGGAUGGAGAAGGAGAAUUUGGUAAUUUACAAUUACAAGCGAGUGAGAAUGAUGUGGCAGGUAAGGAUACUUUGAAUUCAGAAGUCUCCCUGGAGGAUGUAUCAGAUUGUGAGAUUUCAUGGGAGGAUAUCACCUUGGGUGAACGCAUCGGAUUGGGAUCGUAUGGAGAGGUUUAUCGUGGUGAUUGGCAUGGAACUGAAGUUGCUGUUAAAAAGUUUCUAGACCAGGAAGUAACGGUUGAAUCCCUUGAGGAGUUCAAAAGUGAGGUGGGCAUCAUGAAAAGAGUCCGGCAUCCCAAUGUGGUAUUAUUCAUGGGGGCUGUAACACGUGCCCCACAUCUUUCAAUCAUCACUGAAUUUCUGCCUAGAGGUAGUUUGUAUAGAUUAAUUCAUCGGCCCAACAAUCAACUGGAUAUUAGACGACGUUUAAGGAUAGCCCUUCAUGCUGCGCGUGGUAUGAAUUAUCUGCACAACUGCACGCCAGUUAUAGUUCACCGUGAUCUCAAGUCUCCAAAUCUCCUUGUUGAUAAAAACUGGGUUGUGAAGGUUUGUGAUUUUGGGUUGUCAAGAAUGAAGCACAGCACAUUCCUUUCAUCAAGGUCUACUGCAGGGACAGCAGAAUGGAUGGCUCCUGAGGUCCUACGAAACGAGCCCUCAGAUGAAAAGUGUGAUGUUUACAGCUUUGGGGUCAUUUUAUGGGAGCUAUGCACAUUGCAACAACCGUGGGGUGGAAUGAACCCCAUGCAAGUUGUUGGUGCUGUCGGGUUUCAGCAUCGCCGUCUUGAAGUUCCUGAUGACGUGGACCCCGCCAUUGCUGAUAUUAUUACAAGAUGUUGGCAAACAGAUCCAAGAUUACGGCCAACAUUUGCUGACAUCAUUGCGGCGUUGAAGCCUCUUCAAAAGCCGAUCACUAGUUCCAAAACCGCACGGGGCUAGGCAACUUGGAUUGAUUGAUGCUCUGUUGGUCCAAAUUUGAGAUGAUAGGCGAUUCCUUCUAUAUGCUCUUUGCUUGCUUGUGUGAGAACUAUUGUAAAUAAAAGUUAACAAUUGUAAAAAAAUUAUUUCUAGCACUUGCAAGAUUUUAGCAGUCUUGUACCCUUUGCA